CCCGUGUAGUGGUUACCGAUUGAAACUUGGGACAGACGUUCAUUUCCAUCGUGUCUUACACGCGAUACGUACAGCAUCCUCACUCAACUGAAGCCAUACACAAAACACAUCCAACAACUACUCACCUCCUCUCCCAAACAACAAUCUCCAAACACAAAGAUACCCUCAUACCACAAUGUCCCGCCCCUGGAUCCUCGUCGCCCCAGCCUCCCGCGGCAUAGGCGCCCACCUAACCCGUCACCUCCUCCGCACAACCACCGCCCCGAUCCUCGCAACGUGCCGCUCCCCCGACACCACCGCCGUAAAGCAAUCCAUCCUCUCCUCACUAUCCUCCUCCGACGCCAAACCAAAAUCACACUCCUCCCCGGCCGCAAAAGAAACAGAAGACCUUGCCUCCCGCCUCAAAGUAGUCACCCUCGACGUCACCUCGGAACCCACAAUCGCCGCCGCCGCCGCCGAAGCAGCCUCCCUCUUCCCUUCCUCCACGCACCACCUCCGCCUCGCGCUCGCGACCCCGGGGAUCCUGCACCCGGAAAAGAGCCCCGCGCAGAUCGAUUACGACGACGCUCUAGAAACGUUCCGGGUGAAUACCCUGGGGCAGAUGAUGCUCAUGAAGCACUUCUCCCCCUUCCUCCCCAAAAAGUCCGUCAAGUUUUCGACAUCUUCCUCACCAGAAAAUGACGAAGCAAGAGGCCUCCCGCCAUCCCACGCCGUCUGGGCCGCCAUGUCCGCGCGCGUGGGCUCCACGGCGGACAACCGCAAGGGCGGGUGGUACAGCUACCGCGCCUCCAAAGCCGGCGUCACCUCGCUCGCGAAAUCGCUCGACCUGUGGCUGGCCGCGCGCAGCGGCGAGAGGGCCAUGGCCGUGGCGUAUCACCCGGGGACGGUCAAGACGGGGCUGUCGCGAGGGUUUUGGGAUACCGUGCCCGAGGGGAAGCUGUUCGAGCCCGAGUACGCGGUGGAGAGGAUGUGUAAGGUGCUGACGGAGGAGGUCGGGAUCGAGGGGAGGGGGAGGUUUUGGGAUUGGGCGGGCAAGGAGAUUUUGCCGUGA